CAACCUCUCUGACGUCCGCGCGAAGCUUGAACAAGUUUUUUUCUCCCUUUUGCUUGAACAGGGUUUUUGUCGAACCAAGUAUCGAUCCUUCAAGUCAUUCUGUCUUUUUGUUCUCAUUUCCGGUCUUUCUUUGCUUAUUGUAGUGUUUCUCUGUGAACCAUUUAGUGAUCGUAAAUAGAUUACAAUUUUAGUCACAACUUAUUUCUGAAUAGCUUCUUAAGAGGCUCAAUUUGUGCCAAGCUUACUUCGUGGAUUAAUUAUUAUGCUCAACAAGGGCUUGCAUAUCGAGAAUAUUCAUAUAACUAUACAUAGUUAUAUAGAAUAUAAAAUAUAUGUGUACAUUAAGAUAGAACUAAAGAUUAUAAUACGUCCGAAAUGUUAGCCCUGAGUGUUCACUCUUAUGCCAAGACGGUAGUUCAUUAGAACGCUGCAUCUCUUUUCUCUAUCGAAUCAACUUUGCUUUUGUCAUUGUCUAUGGCAAAAAUGUAUUAACUACGUGACUGUAUUAAUUAUUGGUGCUGCUAGGUACAUUUAUUAAGUUAACAUGGGUGGGUGUUUGGCCAAAAGCAGAAAAUCCAGCGGUGCAUCCAACGAUGUCUUAAUAGUACCACCAUGGGACGUGGUAAAUACCCACGUUUUUUUAAGACGUGCAGUCAUAAAUGGAGAAUUAGAUAGGGUGGAAGAACUUCUUGCGCAAAAACCUGACCUAAAUAAUAGAGCGGGUGGUCUUUUGAUUUGGCGUGCACUAGAAAACGAUGACACGGAAAUCGCGUCGUUGUUAGUCGAUGCCGGUGCAUAUCUUGAUGUAAGAAAUCCAUGGGACAAUAGCAAUUCAAGCAUACUUCACUUGCUCGUGCAGAGUAACAAUCGAAAUCAUCAGCGACUGGCUGUGCAAAUAAUGGAACAUGGCGCUGUUGAUUUGAAUGCUCGUGACGAGUUCCAGUUAACAGUUCUCCAUCGUACUCUUGAAGCUAGUUCCCCGAUAAUUAUGAUCAAAGAACUACUGCGACACAGAGUUGAAGUGCACGGCACUCCAAUCAUCCAAGCUACUGUGCACGUCAGAUCUUCAGAGCUACUAAAUUUGCUCGUCAGUGAAUUCCUCUCGACGGGUUUUAGGAACCGGCGGAUCGAAGAGUUAUUAAUACGCUGUGGCACUAGAACCCUUGAUGAUGCAGAUGUAGUACCACUUGUCAAGAUGCUUUUGAACGAGGAGUUACCAGUCGCAUGGAUAGAUCACUUACACUUUGUGCUUAUACAUGCGAUACGCGGGGAAAAGAUUAGAAUGGUCAAAUUACUUGUAGAAUACGGAUUUAACGUGAAUGCACGAGCAUCGGAUGAAGAACUACCGCAACACUUUCAUCAGAUCGAUGUAAAAAUACCAGGAGAGAUGCCAUUGGGUGCAGCAGCACAAAGUUACCAACCAGAAAUCACUCGAAUUCUGCUCGAGGCUGGUGCGGAAGUCAAUACUCGAAUGGAGCUUUUCAGAUAUGGCACAGGUUAUCCUCUUCACGGUGCUUGUGCAAUGAGAUCUUCAGCAAAUAUUCUGUUGUUAUUACACUACGGAGCUGACGUCAAUCUCCUCGACGAUGAGGGUCAAACUGCAUUUUCUAGAAUUGUAUAUGUGAGAACUCUGAACAAGUCGCACCAAUUGUUAAUAGCGCAUUUUGUUCUUUUAAUAAAAAUGGGGGAGGUAGUUAAUGUUAUGGAUUUGGAAUCCAUACAAAGUAAUGAUGAUAUGAAAUCGUUUUACGAUAAGUGUUUGAACGAAUUGGAAACAAUGGAUAGAUUACAAAUAAUUCCUAACGUUCCCUUCUCUCUCUUUUUUGGAAGAAAUACGGGAGAAUUAGCCUUCAGACUUAGAAGUGAGUACUUUUUGCAAAGAUAUUAUGAAAUGCAACGAAGUAAACGAUUUCCAAUUUAUGCCGAAGAGAUGCAUCAUAGAUUCGAAAUUGCUGAAAUUCGUAGAAGACAAUUGAAUGUCAUAGAAGAAAUCAUUUAUGCAGUAUUACUCCCUUAUCUUCCAAAUAUUCCAUUGGAAAGAAUUAUCCAUUUCUUUUACAUGCACGACAGCGAAUAAAUUUAUUUAUUCAAAUCUUUCUACAUCUUGACAAAAUAACAUGCAAUAACUUUGAUGUACAUCAAUCAUUGAACAACUGCCAACUUUGAUUCUAUAAUCGGCCAGCUAUGGGAUCUAAGAGGGAAUCCACAAUAUUUCACUAUUGUAGUAAUGAAAUACUUGACUCUGGUAGUCAUGAAUAUAGUGUUACCAUUAGAUUAGUCUGAAGCAUCACAAUUGUCUAGAACAGAUAUAACCGAGAAUUUGAUCCAGACUGGCGAGAAAGUCAAUUGUCCAAUAUCGCUUACGAUAUGUGACAGCGGCUAUAUAAAGACUUGUAGAUAAUAUUUAGGUAUUAUUCUGCUACAUAACUAACGUCAAUCUCGUCGACAAUUGGAGUCGAACUCCAUUUUCUAUAAUUAGAUUCACUGGGCGUGCGGUUAAACUGCUUUGAUUACUCAUUAGGCAUUUUGCCCUUGAAAAAGGGAAAUCCAAUUAAAGAGGAAGAUUCGCAGUGCAUAAACUGUUAUCCUGACAUCAAUUACUACUACAAUUUGUGCUUGGGCGAUAUUAGAAAGAUGGUAGAAACAGAAAUGUUUACAAUGACAAGAAUUUUAUAAUGGAGAAUGCUGAAAAUCGUAUAUGGUGUAUGAUCAUCAUAGAGAAAGUCCUAUGCAAAGCAUUGCUACAUUAUUCAUCCGUUCUUCUCGUGGAAAGAUUGAUCUUUAUUCUUUAUAUGAUCUGUUCCAAGAGCUAAAUUACAUAAUUAUACAUUGGACAAAGGUGUAUAGAAUACAAUAGUCAAAUUGUAAUUUUGGAUAGAUCGAAUGUUCAUAGGCGUCACUCGUAUUCCUGUGAGCUUAAUAUUUCUUCUACUUCAAUGACAGCAAAUAAAUUAAUUUGUUUCGAUCUUUCUGCAACUUGACAAAAUGGAGUGCAAUAAUUUUGAUGUAAUCGAAAUUGAAUGUCAUUGUGAUGACACAUCAAUAACAGCCAAAUUCGAUCGCGCAGAUAGUAAACUGUGAGAUCUAAGACAGACUGUCAAUAUUUCACUAUUAAACUAAUGAAAUAAUUGGCCCUGGCUUUCAUGACUGUAGAAUUACCAUUUUGUGUUAGUUGAUAGAAAAAGUCUUUUUUAUUGUACAAUAUAACUUUCUAAUUAUUUAUAAUUAGAAGUCAUUGAAGGUAUUUUAUUUAAGAAAUUGUAAAUAAUAAUAAUGUAAUGGAACGGUUUUUUCUAUAAAAAUAUAGAAGAAUGCUAAUAUGAUGAUGUCUACUUUAUUAGAAAUAGUACGCACCCACGCAAUCUUACUACGUAUCUCUAUUCAAAUGCACAAAUAUAUAUAUGAACAUACAAAACCUAGUUAGGUAGUUAUGUGCCAAAAGAAAAAUGGACACGAAGGAGUUUCAAAUUUCAGUGUAAUUCGGCCAAAAUGUAAACU